GUGCCACACGCCUGCACCUCCAGACAUGGCGACCCCGCCUGGGGCCUCGUUUGUGCGUCAGAACUACCACCCUGAGUGUGAGGCCGCCGUGAACAACCACAUCACCCUGCAGCUCUACGCCUCCUACGUGUACACAUCCAUGGCGUCCUAUUUCCAUGGCACCUCAUGCAGGCACUUGGUCGAGUUCCUCCUGCAGCAGUCGAGCAAGGAGAGGGCACUCGCGGAGUGGCUGAUGCAGCUGCAGAACCAGCGCGGGGGCCGAAUCCGCCUGCGGGACAUCAGCAGGCCUGACCGCAACAAGUGGGAGAACAGCCUGAAGGCCCUCGAGUGCGCCUUGCACCUGUCCAUCGUGGUGAACCAGAGCCUGCUUGAUCUGCACCAGCUGGCCACCCAGAAGGGGGACGGCCACCUGUGCGAUUUCCUGGAGAGUCACUACCUGCACCAACGGGUGACGUUCAUCAAAGAGUUGGGGGACCACGUCAUCAAGCUGCGCAAGAUGGGAGCUCCGGAAUCCGGCCUGGCAGAGUACCUUUUUGACAAGCUCACCCUGGGUGACAGCAAGAAGAACUGAGCCUGGACUGCCUUCCUGAUAGCCACAUGUGACUUCCCCUGGUCACUGUGCUGAGCAUGCCUAUUGCCAUAUUACCUUUCAAAAUGUUCACUUAAGUUUUUAUGUUCCAGUUUUACCAUUUCUUCCAAUGAAGUUAUUGGUUCCUAAAUAAAUA